ACACCCGCAGGUUUGGCGAGGCUCGGCGUGUGUUUUGGCGUGGACAGAGCACAGGUUUACAUUCAGGGGAGUGUAGAGCUAAGGCAGGAAGGCGAAUACGGUGUCCCGCCAUCAAUGUCCUGCCAUCAUUGAGUUGAACUAAAGGAAGACAAGCGUACAGGUGCCUAAAGAGUAAUUUUCGCUCAUGUAAAGUGACGACUCCCUCUAUCUUCGAAUGCCAAAUGCUGCCAUAAAUACACACGUAAAUUCAAUAUUAACACACAUAUAGUUUUUCCAGUCCAACUAAGAACAUUACGGCAUCCAACCAGCCUUGCACAAAGUUACGCUAAUGAUAUACGUGUAACAGAGAGAAACGAGCCCCGACCGAACGUAUCUGGAAAGCAGCGAAGGUCAGUGGCAUUCAGAAAAUUGUAGUGCAGAGUGGCAAGCGGCAGGCGACUGUGUGUUCCUCCGCCGCAGUCCUUGCCUCUAAGUACACUCACAGGGGGAGAUGAUCCAGCCACCUUCCACUCCUGAAUAAUGUGAAAGUAGUACAAUUGGUGUGGUUAUCCAGUGGUAGUCGGAGAAAAGAGGGAGUUUUGUGUGGGACUAGUUUUGGAUUGCGCGAGGCGGCCUGCGCGAGUGACUACAGAUCGUGGUUGUUGUGUUUGGGUGUUUCCAUGAAGUUUAGUUACAAUGAAAAUGUGCAUCAAGAGGGCAAUAAAACGCCAAAAUAGCCACCUGUACUAUAUAAAACAUGACAGAGGGAAAUGAUGACGGCAACUAUUUGGUUCGAGUGCGUGCUCAGGUGAUGAUGCGUGAUGACAGCACAGGUCUUUGGGUGCCCAUGGGUGGGGGCGGCCUCUCCAACGUGUCUGUCAGGAAGCGCGUCAUCCAGCCCGACCUUGAUGACUCCAAGCAUGAAUAUCUCAUCUACGGGAAGAGAAUAUCAGAUCAGACUGUAGUACUCAGUUGUACAAUAAAGAAGGACUUUGAGUACUACAAAGUGAUGCCUACCUUUCACCACUGGAAGACUGGGGACAUGAAGUUUGGACUAACAUUUCAGACAGCAGCCGAUGCAAGAGCUUUUGACAAUGGCGUCUGCAUGGCUUUCGAUGACUUGGUUGAGGGUCUCAAUGACUUGCCAUCGUACCGCCAUGGCCUCGAUGUAGAAAAAGUAUUUGUGACGGUCCACCUUCCUCCAGUGGAAAGAGAAGGCCCACGGUCGUCAUCGGGGUCGGUCACCACCAGCAGCAGCCGUCACACACCCACCGUAACUCCCAUCCAGACCCCAGACCACCCCUCCCACCCCUCUCACUACCACCACCACCACCAUCACCACCACCACCACCACUAUCCACCACCACCACCACCAGGAGGAGGAAGUGGGGUGGGGGGGGUUGUGUCAGUGGGAGGAGUUGGCAUUUCCACAACAAACACGUCUUCUACCCCUCCUAACCUACCCGCCACAACGACUGGGAUGACUCAACCGUAUCCACACUCACACCCACACCCCAACCACCACCAUGAUUACUUGCACCACAUCACCUUUCUGCCGAGACCCAAGCCUCCCUUGCCUCCCAAUAUCAAGCCCCCAGACAAGCCAAUAGAACCAGAAUAUGAUCACAAGCCUGAAAACCCUCUUGAUCUCCCUCCAGACCAAGACAAAACGAAUGUUACUGUAGACCCUUCUUCUUAUGUCCAAUUCGAAGAAAACCCUCGCCACCACUACAGCUAUCCAGUGGUGGAAGUAAAGCCAGAGAAGAGGGACAUUGCAUCUAUCAAGAAAUAUCAGAAUCCAGACCUUGGUAGGGGAACUCCUUCACAACCUAUGGUCCCACCUGUUCCUACAACCAGAAGACUACCAAAAAAGGAUAAGAACAAAAGGACCAUAAAGGCCCGUUGCAAGCAUUGCCAAGAUAUGUUUACCUAUGACAAAAAUUCACGAGGCAGUUGCGAAUAUGCCCCAGAUUGUGUGCGUUCAGCCAUCGACACGCUUACUUGCAUCACUUGUGCACAGUGUAUGUUGUACCACUGCAUGAGUGAUGCAGAAGGAGAGUUUGCACACCAUCCAUGUGAGUGUGGGGGACCUGGAGGCACAGCAGAUGAGUCAUGUGGGCGGAGGUGGCUGGGAUUGACCCUGUUAUCCUUGUUGGUGCCAUGCUUGUGGUGCUAUCUUCCACUACGAGCAUGUCACCAGGGUGCUGUUGCUUGCGGCCUGUGUGGUGGAAGACAUGAGGCCUCCUGACUCACCGCCCCCAUGCAUGCCCCUGAGGAGGAAGAAGAGGAUGAGGAAGACGAUGAAGAUACCGUAUUCACAGUCACAGGAAGCCCAGCACUGCACUCCCCUCAACCGUGGGGAGAUCAGGGGGGCGGCUCCCACCAGGCAGGGGUGGUUUUGGGCAUGUAUGUGGAUGGUUGAACAGUUCUAGGUAAUGCCUGGUUUAAGUUAUGUAGCCAGUGAGGCAUUGUGACUGGGACAACAAUGUCCACAGUGUUAACUCGAAUGUGAGGGUGCUGCUAGCUGGCACGGAUGUUUGUCAAACAGCCUAGUGGAAAGAAGAGUGUAACUGUGUGAUACAAGGAGUGUGAAUGUUACCGCUUUUGACUAAGUGGCUAGAAAGGACACAACGGUCUGAGUGUUCUAUGUACCUGACGGCCACACUCCGGCCUCAGAGAGUGUGUGUGCACGUGUGCGUCCAUGUGCAUAGUACACACACUGCCGUACAUGGCCAGUUCUAAACUCUUGCAUUUGGAAACCCUUGUUCACCUAUAUGUGAGCUGCUGUGUAAGUGGUGAGUCUGUCCGCCUUGGCCUAUUAAAUAAUCUAAAGGGAUCCCAAUUUUUCAAGGGCUCAGGAGAAAUUGUGACACCCUUUGGAAUUGCUGUGACUUUUUGUAUGCUUUUAAUUAUCAUUGUGAUAGAUGUUCUAUAUAUUGAUAGCUUUAGCUGGCCAAGACGGACAGGUGGCCAAGGCAGCUGGACUGUCACGUGUCACAUAAUACCUACGUGAAGGUCUCACUUGCGUUUGCCUUACAUGCCAACACUUUGUGUUUAGUCUUUGGGCGAGGAUUAGUGCCGUGGUCACCAUGUGUAUGCCAGACAACUUUAUCAAGGGUUUCCUUUAGGUGCUAAAGCACAAAUCAUGGACUUUAUUUUUAUUUAUUUUUUGAGUAAUUUAAAAUCAGUUGUGUUACAGUUAAAAAAACAUUUUCUACACAACUUUGUAUAUAAACAUGUGUAAGGCAGUUGCACUGUGAAACAUAAAAUACAAGGUGGUUUGGCUUCUUUAAAAUCAAACUAAGGUAAUGAUGUAACUACAUAUUGUAGUGAUCAAAUGAUAAAGACUAAACUUCCAAAUUUAAUUAAUGUAUGGAACACUAGUGGCAUGUGAAUCAAUGCCCUGUGAAAAUCCUUUAACUACUGUUGUCACAAUUACUGCAUAUAUUGAUAAUCCCCUCAUGUAUGAUUACCAAGAAGAGGCCAAUUUUGUGUACAACCUAGAUGGUGGCCUAACCAGCCCACGGUCACACCCAAGAUGACUGCAGGCCUCUCAGGUGUUCCUUUCCAAGCUAAGCUGAGUAAGGAGUAAGACACUGACUGCUUUUGUCUUGUAGGUUGUGACCUGGACUGACAUAGAUGUUUUUGGUAGUGGCCGUUUGGGAGCAGCUAGGUCGUCACCCAGGUAGGGUUUUGGGUCUGCCUGAGGCUCCAGAUACCUAACAUUAUCUUAUUUUGAGGUAAAGAGGUGACUCAAACCAGCAUAACCCUGUGGGACGACCUGGUGCACAGCUCCUGCACCCGCCACUCAGCCACCCUAGUCACCAACAAAAUUGCAACUAAUGUCAGCAGUCUAUCAUUUUGUUUUCUUUGCAACAAUUUUAAGCAAAAAGUCACAAAACCUGUAGUUUCAUUUUACCUAUAUUGAAGAUGUUACUCUUCCUCAUAAAGUAUACCUAAGAUUAUUUUGACAGCACUGUUUUCAAGCAAUUGUUUCAGUGUCUAAUUUCCAUUUUCCCUUUGUGAGUCUUGUCUAAAUCAUUGUCAUAUAGGAUGUAACCAAAAGAUUUUUGAAAAAUAAUGACAACCAAAGACAUAUCCUAUAA